AUGGUAAGUACUUCGACAACGGAACCUGCAACUACCGAUGAAAGCCCACCGACAGAAGAUUCUGAAAUAACCUAUACGAGUGCAUGGACAAGGGAUUCUACAACUACUGAUACAACGAAACCAACGGGAGUUUCUGCAACUACUGACACAACGAAACCAACGGGAGUUUCUGCAACUACUGAUACAACGAAACCAACGGGAGUUUCUGCAACUACUGAUAUAACGAAACCAACGGGAGUUUCUGCAACUACUGAUACAACGAAACCAACGGGAGUUUCUGCAACUACUGAUACAACGAAACCAACGGGAGUUUCUGCAACUACUGAUACAAGUAGACCAACAGGGGAUUCUGCAACUACUGAUCAAAAUACAGCUACAUCAACAGGAUCAACCCGUGAUCCAAAUGCUUCAACAGGGUCACCAGAAACGCCUGAUCCAAGUGAUAACACCACAACCUCAGCGACGACUACUGAACGCGAAGAGAUGUCUACCAAAGAUCUUACAACAAGCCCUCCUGAGGAGUCACUUUCGGCUGGUGCUAUAGCAGGAAUCGUCAUUGGUAUGUUGAUAGGACUUGCUGUCAUUGCAGGUGGUGUUGGUUACGCUGUGAACCACUCCAAAGGUACCUCAACGGUUACUCCUGUGAACAAUGCGGAUAUCGAAAUAGAGAGCAUGUCUAGUGAAGAAGUCGGAGUGAACGACAAGACCCAUCUUACUCCCACAUAUAACGACCAAUCUUAA